AUGAAACUCUCCGCAAUCCUUUCGUGCGUUGCCGCUCAAUUCAACCCCAUGCCAGUCGCCCCACAGGCCCCAGCUGCUGGUGGUCUUCUCGGUGGUGCUGCCGGUGGUAUGCAGGGUAUCCUCCCUCUCCUCCUCCUCGGUGACGGCCUUGACGGCUCUGAUGACCUUCUCCCACUCCUCCUCCUCGGCGGUGGUCUCGGAGGUGCCGGUGGAGCCGCUGGUGACAUGAGCUCUAUCCUUCCUCUUCUUCUUCUCGGUGAUGAUGAAAUCACUUCUGCUAAGAUGGACGAAAUCUGUACUAAUGCAGAGACCACUAAAAAACAGACUGACUGUGCUGCCGCUAAAACAGCUGCUGACAAUGCAUACACCACUUGCGCUGGCGCGACCGGCGCCACUGCCGAUGAUAUCAAGGCAUGCGAAAAAACUCGACAAACUGCUUACAAGGCCGCCAAGAGUGACUUCGGCAAGAAGAACAAGCUCACCGAUCUUCUUCUCCUUACCAGCCUCGCUGGACCCGGUGGAAUGGGCGCUGGUGGCAUGAACUCUCUUCUCCCACUCCUCCUUCUCGGUGAUGGCCUUGGAUCCUCUAGCUCCAGCUCCGAUGACCUUCUUCCACUUCUCCUCCUCAGCGGUGGUCUUGGAGGCGGUGCCGUCGACCCAAUCACUGGACAACAAGCUGGUGGUUUGGACCCCUUGAUGAUGAUGCUCCUUUUAGAUUAA